UAAACGCAGCAGAAGCGCGCUGUUAUCUGUCCCCAUUUUCAACGCACCAGUUGAUCCCCGCUGGGCGCAGAGCGCGCCUUGUCAAAACGCUGUCUGGUACACGUUGACCCGUGCCUGAGAGGAGAAGGAGCGACGCUUUCAUCUCUCUCCGGGAGAUAUUCAUCUUAUUUAACGUUUUAUUUUCACUGGAUUCACUUCCUAGUGUGAGGCUGGCCGGUUUGUAAGGGAUCUGCCGUUCUAACUGAUGAAGCGGCACAGAGACGUUAUAUAAAACGAAUAACGGGACCGAGAUGAGAGCGUGUGUGACAGCGUAGCGGCACAAUAGUCUGGCCGGACUUGGCGCUGGAGAGGCGACAGAAACGUUACACCGCAAGGUGAAUUGGUUUAUGCAUGUGCGCCUAGUCUCUGUAAAGACUAAUUGAUUCAAAUGGCCUCCUAGCUUGGAAGCUGUUGCCAAUGCUGGUCUUUUCAGUGUUGUGCGCGUUAGAUUUAACAUAAGCUAUAGGCAGCUAACCAGGACGCACCGCUGCUAAUGCAGACGAGUCGUGUGCGUAGCGGAAUGAUGAUCAGGAAGGACCUUUGACAAACCGGCUCAAAUGGGUCAUAUUAAUUGUCAAAAUCUUUUCAGUUGUUUUUUCUGACUCUAAUAUCCAGCGAUGCGUGUGGUCAGACCCGGCGAGCCCUGCUAUCAUUCCUAAAACUGUCAUAAACGCGUGGAAUGGGCCCAUGUCUUAAUUUGGAAAACAAAGAAUUAGGCUACUGAAGAGGGUAAGCUGGUUAGAUAAGCUUAUUCUAGCUGUUUUAGUUGAGCCAGCAAGCUUGUUGACCAGUCACUCCCACCUGUCUGGACUGGACUGAUCUCUGGACUCCGUCUGUCCAUCAGCGGGAAGUCAUUUCACCCGCUUUCUACAUUUUGGCUGUUUCUGAGCCGCGCCACGAUGGGGAGUGAUGCCGGCAGUGCCGGACCGGUAGAAGUGGAGCCCAUGCCGGGAUACUUGGAACUCAUCACCAGAUCCUCCACCGUCAUGCUCGGCGCGUGGAGAGACUGUAGCAGCUGCGGUCUGGAGCUCUCCAAACGGACUUUGCUGGAUAACGCAUACAUUACCUGGACCGAAAUCGCCCUGUUUGUCCUUUGCGCCUUGUUGUGGACGAUAUUAAGGCGGAGACUGACAGAAAGUCUGUUUAAGCCUCUUGCACAGUCUUGCAGGCUGCUGCCCAAAGAUGCUGCUAAGAUGCCAGAGAGUGCGUGGAAGCUGGUCUUCUACACAAUGUCGUGGUCCUACAGCACCUACUUGCUCUUCUUCUCCUCCUACCCCUUCUUCCACGACCCACCCACUGUCUUCUACAACUGGAAGAGUGGUAUGACAGUGCCUACAGACAUCGCCUUGGCCUACCUGAUCCAAGGUAGCUUCUAUGGCCACUCCAUCUAUGCCACAAUCAACAUGGAUGCAUGGAGGAAGGAUUCUGCUGUCAUGGUGGUGCACCACAUCAUUACACUGGCACUCAUCAGCUUCUCCUAUGCAUUCAGAUACCACAACGUUGGGAUCCUGGUGUUGUUCUUGCAUGACAUCAAUGACAUCCAGCUGGAGUUCACCAAGCUCAACGUCUAUCUGAAGUCCAGAGGAGGCAGCUAUCACCUGCUCAACGACGUGCUGUCCAACAUGGGCUCCGUAAGCUUCAGCAUCUCUUGGUUCUGGUUCCGUCUCUAUUGGUUUCCUCUCAAAGUGCUGUAUGCCACGUGUGUGUCCAGCCUCCAGUCUGUUCCCAACAUCCCCUUCUACUUCUUCUUCAACGCUCUUCUCUUAGCCCUGCUGCUCAUGAACAUCUACUGGUUCUUGUUUAUUGUGAUUUUUGUAGUUAAGGUGCUAAAGAUGAAAGAGGUAAACGAUGUUAGGGAAUACGAGUACGAGGAUGGCGGCAAGGCUGCAGCAGAGCUGCUCGGAGGCCAUCAGGCAGAAAAUGACGAUGAUGCUGGACAUCACAACUCUGCCCAAGGGAAACAAGCGCAGAAUGGGGUUACCAAGGAGAAGCAUCUAUAACAGGCUCUCUGUCGCCACCACCUGGCACCAGGCUACAAAUACACACCAGACAACACCCUCAUUCAGACAGCUCCUGUUCAAAAAAAAAAAAAAAAAAAAAAACACAGAAGGGAAAUUUUCUUACUCUUAUUUGUUUUAGAAAUUUUCAUUUUAUCACCAUCAUUUUUGUUUCAGCUUCUUUUUAUUAGAGCACUGUGAAUGUUAUUUCAGCUGACUUUUAGUCUUUUUGACAUCAACUUUACAUUUGAUAGAUUUAGCAGAAACAAACUUACAGUCAUCCUCAGAUUUAUUCAUAUUCUUCCAUUAAAGAAAAGGCUAAACUCACAAUAAUCACUCAAGUAACUGGAGACUAAAAAAGAAAUAAUAAAUAAAAAUGAGCUAAAUUAUAAUUUAGUGAAUUAAGACAUUGCUUUUGAAUUGAAUUGAGUUAAAAAACAAAACUGUCCUGGACAAAUUAGAGCACUUUGCUGAUGAGCAGUGGGCCAAAAUACCUGUCAACAGGUGCAGAAGUCUGACUGAGAAUUACAAAAAACACCUGAUUGCAGUGAUUCCCUCAAAGGAUUGUUCAACAAAAUAUUAGUGACAUAAACUAUGUUAGUUUAUCAUGUUUGCUUGUUUUUUUAUAUUUCUACUGAACCACAGUUCAAAAGCAAUGUCAUUAUUUUCAUAAAAUUUUUAUUUAUUAUUUAAAUUGUCAGAUUUAACUUAUUUCAGUGACAGCUGUUUUUUUCUUUCUUUAAUGGGAGGGUAUGAAUGAACUUGAGGAUGACUAUAUAUAAGUAAGAGCUAGACUGUGGUGGUCAUAACAUGGACGCAGGAAGGAAACGUUUAGACCCACCUAGUUCUAGUCUCCUUUAAUAACCUGGAUAAUAAGCAACAACUAAUGCUGAGGGAGGGUGAUUUGUUGAUUUGUUCCUCCAUCUUCCUCUUUAACCUCCAUUUUGUCUGACUUAAGCUAUGAGGAAACAUUUUAAAAAAGAAGAAGAGGUAUGUGCAUGUUUCAGGAGUUUGACUGCAGCUUUUAAAUGGACAAAAAUGAAUAUUUGUUGUACUGAUAUGAACUUAGCAUUCCUGUAUGUUUUUUUUUCUUAGCAUUUUCAGUGUGUGCUGCAAAGCAUCUGUUGCUGCACUGACAUGAAGGCAUACAAGCUGAUUGCUGGUUUAAUGACAGCAAAUAGCUAGAAUUGAUUGACUGGGUUCCAAUGUCAUCCUGAAGAUUUACUUUUUUUUUUUUUUUUUUUUUUUUUAAGAUGGAUAUAAAUAAUAUUUAUAAUCAGUUCAUGGAUGGUGGUGGUGGCUGUUGGUAAAACAUUCACCCAGAACAAAGGUGGAGUUAAAAAUUAGUAUGAUAAAAAAUAUUAUGUAUGCACACGUUAUGGUAUUUGGGAAUGCAUGACAUCGGAAUGAUUUUUGGAAUUAUGCUAUGAAUUUAUCAAGAAAAAACAAAAUCCUCUAGCUUUAUUAUCAUGUCUUUAUUAAUGUUUAAAAUUCAUCCUCAAAGUGAUGGUUUUUUUUUAAUGCAGCACUGAACACAUCAUGUAAACAUGCAAACCUAGUGGGUUUUAAUGUUUUUCAAACAGGUGUGACUCACAAACCAGCUUCUCAUACAUGUUUGGAGGCAGGAAAAUGCAAGAAAAUAGAUGAAACGAAACCACAGAGAAGGGAAAUCACUUCAUUUGACUGUUUUCCAGGAAGCUGCCGGUUUACUGCAUGUUUGUUAAACAGCUGCUGCACCCACAGAAAAACAAGAAAUGUUUAUUUUCUUUCCACCUUUUCGAUCAAAUUCAAGCUUUUGUUUCGAUGAACAGCAUGCUUGUGCUGCUUGAGCAGUCCACAGAUGUUGAAGUAAGCUGCCACUAUCUUUUUGGUUUCAUGUGUCUUCCAGUAUCCCCCAAAUCAGUGUCAUGGGGGGAGUUAGUAACUUUUGAUUUUACAUUAAAAUAUUAGUGCUGUAGUUUUUUUUUUUUUUUUUUGAAUUGCUGCUGUUUUUUCUGCGAGAGCACUGUCUGUAUUCCAGAUUUGUCUAUGUCUUUUUCUGCUAGGUACGAGUCUGUUCAAAUCAUAUUUUCAGGGACCAGGGAGUCUUAUUAUUCACCUCCAUUACAAACGUCUCCCAUCUCCUCCUUUCAAUCCGAAUGCUUGCUCAUGCUCACUUUACUGUAGUCACUGCACAUCUGUACUGCAGGUAACAUGUCACAUUCCCUCCUGUUCAACGGUGAGACUUAGAUGACCCAUAGUUUGCUUUUUUUUUGGCCAUGUGACGGUUGUAAACAUCUGAACUGAGAGUGUCUGGUACUGUGUGCAUCUGAUUCUCCAGCUCUUGUCCCUUCAUCACACUACAAAAUAGUGCUGUCUGCUUCUCAAGGUGGGCAUUGUGAUGAUGAAAACCACUAAACAAGACUGAACUGUUUACACCAUGAUUCUAUCCUUUUAGCACCUCAGGGUAUAUUUGGCUUUUGUGGACAUUUUUAAUCAAUAAGCUGUUUCAUGGCUACAUUGGAUUUUUCUUUUUUAAUCUAAAAUACUUAUGUAGAUUUACCCCUAGCUUUCUUUUUUUGAUCAUUUUAUGUCCAAAUAAACUACCUUGCAAAGGUAGAUCUGUCCAUUCUAGCACUGAGUUGAUGCCUGGUUACACCAAGCUAAUAUAUAAAAUCAACAAAUUUGCUCUGAUUGAAAAUAAAAAGGAAAAACAACAUUCCAGAUUUAUUUUUCUGUUUACAGAUUCAGCUAGUGUUUGUUUACAUUUACCUUUGGUUGAAGCUCAUCUUUAUCAGACCUCAUUUUCAUAGGAAUGACACAUUUUUUUAUUUUUAAAUGAAGACAAUCAGGAAGUGAUGGUUGAAGUGAUGGUCUUUAAAAACACAAACCAGUUCUGAUCUAGUAUUAUAUAGCUGAAGAGAGCAGAACAAAUGUCGAACUGACAGGACUACUUGGACUAGGAAGAGUAUCAGAGGCUGUGUGUGCAGACUGAGCAUUAAAGCAGUAUCGCUGCCUUUCUGCCACACACGCAGCAGUGUGUUACUGGUUUGGAAAUAAUUUAGAGAGGGACGAUAAAGCAGGCUGUUGUAGCAACAGUGAUAUUCACAGGGCCAAAUUUAUGUUGAAAGUCAGAAAUGUUAUACUAUAUUACUCCAUCUUUGUUUCCCAUGUCCAGACACAAAGAUCAGAACAGAGACAAUAAAAAAAAAAAAAGAUUGCAAAUGUUGAAUUGCACAAG